AUGGAGAAGGAAAACUUGGUUAGAAAUGAUGGAAUGAUGAUGAAACUGCCAAUCGGUUUUAGAUUCCACCCAACUGAUGAAGAGCUUGUGGUUCACUACCUCAACCGAAAGAUCCACUCUUUUCCAUUGCCUGCUUCUGUCAUUCCUGAUCUUGAUGGUUCAGGUGAUUCGAAAGAGAAAAGGUAUUUCUUCUGCAAAAGAUCUAAAAAGAAUGUGAACAAAUGCAAGGGAAUCACGGGGUCUGGUUAUUGGAAAGCCAUGGGCAAAGAGAAAUAUAUUAUAUCUCCUGGAAGCAAUCAAGUUGUUAGGGUUAAAAUUUUUCUCAGUUGA